AUGAUGCGUAUUCUCAAAGCUCUGAAUGGCUCGUUCAAUACUCAAAUAGCACCGUUUGAAUGGUAUCGUCUCGGUCGUAAACGGGUGAUUCUCAAAAAUGCGAAAAAGUACAAAAUGACACUCAAAACCGAGGUUAGUUUCUGGAUAACAUCGUUGUUAACCGGUGCUUCAUUGCAGAUGAGACACUCUCCGCUUCCUCUCAUCAAAAGCUCUCUAGCGGCCACGUUUUCUAGGGAAGCUGCCAACUUCAUGAGUAAGAGCGAGGUAGUGCAAGAGCAGUUCCGUUUCCUCAAAGGGACUUACUGCGCCGACGAAUCGUUCUGGGGCACGAUUGCAGGACAUCCUCACCUUCUCCCUAUGCCCGGCGGAUUCGAUGCCAGGAACUUUUUGCAACGGGAAUAUGGUGGAGCCAGACGGCGCCGUAUUCAUGGUGAUCCAUGGACCGCCCCGCCCAUCGCAAAGUCGUGGAACGCCACCACAGAAACAGUGAUAGACUCGUACGCCAUUUCACGCCAUCAACAAUGGGUGAUUGAGACAAACUCGCUGUGUAGAGGUGCGAAUUAUUAG